AUGGGAAAGAAGAGGAAAGUUGUAGACAAUGCGGAUGGUCCUUCACGGGAGUAUGAUGUGUGGCAUUCCAAACACGACGUUCCUUUUCUGCAAUGUUUAUUGGAACUAACUGAGAAAGGGAAGAUUAGUGAGGGCACAUCCAAGAAUGGUGCAUACAAGGAACUAGAACGUAUGAUGGAAGCAAAAGUUCUUGGUUGUGGAGUGAAGUCGAAACCCACAAUUCUGAAUAAGUUCAAGAAGCGGAAACAGAAGCUGCAUGUGUUUGUUUUACAGGUCCAUACACACUGCAAAGGAAUGAAGAAAAAACCAAUUCCACAGUUAUGGGCCCUCGAGCCAAUCUUUGCCAAAGGUCGUGCUAAUGGUGAAACUGGGUUCACCAGGAAUGAUGGAAACUCAUCCUCCACUAGUGUUGAAGGUGAAGAGCCACAACCAGAAUGCUUUGAGGAGUCUGUCCCUUUCAAUGUCGAGGACUUUAACAAUGAUACUACAGAGGAAGUAAUGGCGGGUAUCAUCAAUGAAGGGGUGGAAGCUCGUAACUGCAACAAGAGGAAGCACUCAUCAAAGCCUAAUUCGACACAAAAGAAGAAGAAAGGGCACGCCGAUGAUAGUACCUCUGAAGUUGCAGCUGAGAUAAUAGAUUUGAGGCCACUCAUAAACCGAUCAAUUGAGAAGAUUGCUCGCGCUUUGGGUGAGAGCGAGUUGCAGAAUACUAUGCGACUGGAUUUGAUGAAGAAUUUAGAGAAGGUAGAGGGUCUUACUAGGUCCCAUGGUACUUGCUUCCAGAAGGCUUAA